AUGACCGCUGACAUCGCACUGUACGAGUGCAGUGAAGUCAGAAUGAGCCAGAAUAAGGAACAGCUGGCAACAUCACAAUCAGGAAGUGCAAAAAUUGAAUUGGAUCGCAAAAAGCACAAGCAAGCAGUAAAGAAACAAAGGCUGAUUAAGCAGAAGAGGAGGAUGAAGAUGACCGAUCGGGGCGACGACAUCCACAGAGACCCGGAGGACAGUGACGAUUUCAUAGCCAGUGACAUUCCUGAAGAAACUCCACAAGAUCUCUGGCUGAACGACCUUCUUAAUAGCCCUUCCCCAACAAGGAAUAAAACCUCAGCAUUAACUAAGCCUCCGACUCCAGGAAACGGCGAUCAUUCGACCUUCCCAAACCAAUCAACAUCCAUUCAAAGAGAUUCCUCAUUAUCUUCAUUAAUUUCGAAAGCAGUGCAGACUAUAGCUAAUUAUCCAGUCGAGUUCGCGUUAUCAAUUUUGGUACUUGCCAUAUGUCGAUGGAUUUAUAUUUACUUGUCGAAGAAAAAGACCUCAUAG